AUGUCUUCAAGAGAGUACCCUUCUUGGUUCUGGCGGCUGCGAGAACUACAUCAAGAUCGAAAGGCUCGCGGCCAGCAAAACAGAUACGGCGAUCCUGAUUUGGCUGUUGAACCCAAAGACUUCGACGAGGAUCUCUCUGAGUGUUCAAAUGAUAGUGAGGAAUCGUGCUCCUCUGAGAAAGGUUGCCAGUACGAUGAAGACGAAUAUUGCCUCAAGCAUGACAUCGAUGAUCAAAGUUCAGAAUCGUCUAUAAUGAGCGAUAUCUCUGGGGAGACCUCAAAGACGGAAGCUGCGUAUUAUGCGCUGAAGGAACAGCGAGAGGAGCGCAAGAGCCAGUUAAAAGACUGGAAGAGACAAGGGAUGAGUGAACGUCAGAACGAAAGUUGGGCAGAGGAAGCUGCUCAGAAAGAAAUCGAGCGCGAGGAGCGUGAGAUACAGACGGUCAAAGCCGCACUCGCCGAAACAGAAAAGUCCAAAAAGAAAUCUGGCAUUCUCAAAAGUUUGGAAGGCAGGGUCUUUAGACUUUUCUCUACCGAUCACGUCAAGUACUGCUAUUAUGCAGACUGCCUAACAACAUACAUCGAAUUCUACGCUCCUGAAGAUUCAUCCCCAUCGCCGGACGAUUCAGGCCGAAGAGAGCCGGUGGAAGGCCAUGUUUACCUGAUAUUUGGAGACGCUUGUAAUGUUGACUCAUUCGUCCGCCCAAAGUACCCCAGCACAAAAUUCCACCAGCUCAAAGUCAACCGCGGACGUCGAACAGUGGAUAUUCAGUUUUUCCAUGAUAACUUCUUGGUACUCAAGAUGCCUCGCGAUAUCGUCUUUUCGCACCAGGGCAUACAGCCGCCAAUGGAUGCGCCGCAAGUCUUCACCUAUUAUGGCAUUGAUGAAGAAUAUAACGUCCCGGAUGAUCGGAGGAAAGAGAAGGCUGAGUUACUUGAGAGGGCUAAGCGACUUGAGAAACCUAGGCGACGUCGCUCAGCAUCCCCUCAGUGA